CUUCGACACAUGAUAUGAUAUAAUCGUCCUACCAUCUUUCAAUAGAUUAAUUCAUUCGUAAAUUAAUUAUAAAUACAAUUGUACAGCUUGAGUAAAUGAUGUCAUCGAAAAGAAAAUUUUCGUAGCUGAAUUGUCUUAAUCAUUACCAAUAUUAUCGUCAUUUUUCAUUUUGAAAAGCAUUGUGUAAGUAUAUUUUAGUGAUGUAAUCUUGAUUGUUGUCCCUUUAUUUAUUAUACUGUGAUUGAUGUAAGUAUUAUGUAGUCAUUGGUCUGUUAAUGGGAAUGAUUUGUUACAUGUAUAGAGCAGAUAGUGAACUGAUAUUGUUUGAAGAAAAUAAAGAUACAGUAAGAAAAAAUUUGUUUGUAACUGGUUAUACUCUCUCUCUCUCUUUGUAUAUAUUUCUAUAUUUAUUAUUGGGGGAUGUAGACGUUAAAAAUAUAGAGGGUUAGAGUGAUUAACUGGAGUCAUAAUUGUAAUAAUAGAGAAAAUCACUGAACUAGUGACCACGAUAAAAUGACGAUACCUAACCCUGUAAAGUUAAAAGCAAUAACGCAAGCGUUUUCUUGCAGAAAGAUUGGGAAGCUGAGAAAUGCUAUGAUAAGAGAUUGUAACAUAUAUACAGGUUCAGACACUACAUCUGUGGGUAUUUCAAUCAUUGUCAACGCAAAAUCGAAUAUAGUUCCACGUUUUAAAUCCACUUCAAAUUUAGUUUUAUAUAAUUAAUGAUAUAUAAAUACCGUAACUCGUUUGCCAAGUACAGAGACUCAUGUAGUUUAACUUUGAACCUGUUAUAUUUUGGUAUAGCUUACGAUAAUUUCGAAUGACGAACAGAUGGAAGAUUUCCCUGGUACAAACAAAAUAUAUUUGAACUAGGUAGAAUAGGCGACUAAUAAGUAAUAUUUCAAUAACAUUCCUCCCUUUAUGGUAGGGGAAAAGAAUUCAAGAACUCAGGAAAAAAAUUUGUAUUUAAAGAAAUCAGAAUCUUUACAGGACAACUUUGUCUAUAUAGCAACACAUAUGAUCGUAAAACUUACAGCAAACAUACCAAUCGAAUACCAGGAUAGAUCAAGGAGAAAAUAUAAGUUACUGCAGACUCAUUUUCAUGUCAGAACUAUCAUUUAUUUAAACCAAAAAAAUAGCUAGAUAAUUUGAGGUUUUCCUAGCAUUACCAGAUUGUAGUUGUUAGGAUUACUGAUACUGAUCAAGCGAUGGAGGUAAACGGGUUGGAGUUCGGACUUGUAAAAUAUUGGAUAAAACUUGAAAGUCUUAAACAUAAAACGUUCACCUAAACAUUUGUGUGUGGAUUUCUCUCUCGCGAAACCAUUGUUUGUGUAAUGUAUAAUAAUAAAGAAGGUAUUGUAAAAGUAAUUGUUCGUUUACAUAUUUUUUCGGAUCAAAUAUUAAACAGUUAUCUUUAAAUGACUUGAGGAUAUAGUCAUAAAAUGAACUUAUCGGAGCACUGAAUGAUAUUUCGCUACUACAUUUUGAGAUGGUGGAGAAGAUUUGUAGCUCAGGUGGAUGAUUUUGAUGGAGUUUUGUUCUCUGAGCUGGAGAGAACAAAACUCCAUCAAAAAGCUACUACAUUUUGUUUAUAUGGUUUGUAUAUUUCAAAUUUAUAAAGUGAGUUGCUAUACUCAUCUUCCAACUUCUGAGUUACAACUUAGAACUCGGUUUCAUCUACUUCAGUUUGACGAUCCGGGUAAUAUUAUUACUCUCAUACGAUUAAUAUGUGAGCCAAGCCAAAUAUUCUAAAAUUAUACUUGGUAAAUCAUUUACAUCAUUUGUCCUAUCAGUUAAAACUCAGUGUAUACUAUGCUUUUAAAGGUUUUGUAUCUUAAUUUUAAAGUUGAAAUUUAUAUGAUUACUUCUAAGUAAUUGUAAGGUAUUUGUACAGGGGAUCUAAAUCCUUAGAGUAGGGAGAGUAAAUGUAGAUAAUAAGGGUCAUGUUAACAUCAAUAAUAAUCAAUAUACUCAAAUAGGAAAAAACAUAUAAUAGUGGUAUUACAGAAGCAUUUUUCUAAACAUUAAAACAAAAUGGGAUAAGUCCUGACAAAGAUAGAUAUCUAAAACAACUCUGUACAAAUAGUUCGUUUUUUCACAUUAUUGAUGAACAAAGCUUGUAUAGUAGGUGCAAGAACUGAUAUCAUAGAAUGUCCGAUUGUUUCUUAUAAGUAGUAUUAAAAGGAAGCGUUUGGAGCUAAAUAGUUAGAAUUUGCUCCUUUUUUCUUCAGAGCGAAUGACGUAAUUGGUGUAUGUUCUGUUUCUGUCAAAUUCUGAGAAAUAAUCUUGAAUCCGAUUUGAAAAAUUGUGUAGACAAAUGAUUUGUGUAUCAUCCGAAGUCAACUUAUUUACCAUAACGAGUACAUUCUUAUUGUUUCACUGAAAAAGAAAUCAAUUUAUAUGACUUAUUGAUGACGAAAUGUCUAUUCAGUAGUGAUUAUCAUUGUGAUAAAAAGGGCGUUAAUUAAUUACUAAUAAUUGAUACUUAUAUCCUUAUCUAUAAUACUUAAUCAAGUAGAAUUAAUUGUAAUUAGUUGCGAUUGAGAUUAAAAGACAAUAAACUAUACACUGAUUACUUUGCAUACCUCCUUUAUUUCUCUCGCAUUAUGUACAAGGAUAUUCAUCUUAAUCCCUUUUAACAUGUCAAUAAGAAUUAAGUGUGUAUAUUAUAAUAUAGAGAUCAUCACAUUAAAAAAACACAAAAUUCAUGCACACAUAUAUUUUGAUGAAUGAAUAGUCUAAAAAAAUGUAUGUAUGAUUGAAAGAGAAUGAUUGAUUAUUCGCAAUGUAUUUCAUUCAAACCAAAUCGUUAUGACAUUUGGUAUGAAAUGCAGUCUUCAGGUAUUAAAUUAAGCAGCGUUAGUUAUGAUUGUUGCUUGUGGACUAUCUUUUACGCUAGUAAUAAUAAUAAUAAUUAUUAUCAUUAUUAUUAUUAUAAACAUGUUCCUGUCGUUGAUAUUCCUGACUGGACGAAUUAAUUGCAAUCGGCAUAUGAGGUUGUCUGAACGGAUAUUUCGGUUCUACCUGUAUUUACAUGUUGAUUAUUGUUAGGAUGUUGGAUAGUAUUGAAAUUAACUAUUUAUAUUUAUAUGCAGUGUUUCCGUGCAGCAAUGUCUCGGCUUUUAACUCUAGGUCUCAUGUUAGAACCCUACUCUGGUUUCGACAACCAUCCAAUAAUACUAGGCUUAACAAGAAAAGUAUGCUUUGAAGUCAAUUUUUCAAACACAUAUGUACUUGAUAAUUUAGUUAAGUGUAAAAUUCAAGUGAUAAGAUGAAUUGCUUUAAAAUCACUAUUAUUCCAUUCAUAUUAUUUACGCCUGUUAUUUAUUUAUCUAUUAUUUAUUUGAACACAUAAAUAUUGGUACAAAGGGGCACCGAAUACAUAUGCGCCACACAAGUCACUUGUUUUGUGUGUGGGCUGGGUACUGCCCGGGAGCUUAGACCGAAGCAGGUGGUUUUCUUAGGGGACCACACCCUAAUCCUGAUCCACAAGGCAAUGGAGCAACGUAGUGAGAUGCAGCCCCAUAAUAGCCGGUGAUCAACGAUUAGUUUGUACUCCAUUUGUUCCUUCAGGAUAUUGGAGCUUAAUUGCACCAUUGGUUUGGAAUGAGGGACAUCCGCAUCCACCAACCCGGUUAAAGCAUUGGAUAUUCGCUUUUCAUCCUCUCAAUUUUGUAAACAACACCCUGUUACCCAUCAUAGGGCAUUAACCACCGACCACGAGUCUCCAACUGACUUUGUCAUAGGCUCUGCUUCCCACUUGUUGCUAACUGCUAUUCCUUUCUUUGUGUCUGCCUCGAAUUCCCGAUGCAAUAAGUAAUUUGGUCUACCCCUUUCCCUUUUGCCUUGAGAAUUCCAAGUUAGGACUUGCUUUGUGAUGUAGUUUGGUGAUUUCUUCAAUAUAUAUCCUAUCCAGCUCGAACGUCUUUUCCCAAUUUCUUUAACUAGAAGCUGGUUUUUUCUGUCAUAGUAGGUUAUUGCUGAUGGGUAUUUGGUCCAUGGGUCUGGAGUAUCUUGUGUAGACAGCUGUUUAUAAGUGCAUUACUGUUUUUGUGGUGGUUGUAAUAGUUCUCUAAGUUUCAACUCCGUACGAUAGAACUGUCUUGAUAUUCAUAUUGAAAAUUACGACUUUGUUGUUGGAUGACAUUUCUUUUUAGUUCCAGGUAUUCUCCACAUUAUAUUACUGUAAAUAAUAUAUCUUGUUAUUUUUACACUAUAAUAACUUGUUUAUCUUAUUCUCUUUAAUUUGUAGUAAACAGUAAUAGUCAGUUGUCUUAUUUAUCGGGUACUUGAUUAUGAAUAACACUGAAAGUGUGAGGUGUAAUAGUACUGCACGGUUGCCCAAAUCAAAGUAAAGUUAGGUGGGGCGGAGUUCCAAUCUGGGACUUAGUGGAUGAAAGUCGAACCCUGUAACCACUAAGCUAAUGUUCCUCCUUUCUCCUGUACUUAUUUUCUCUUUACUAUUAAAGCGUCAAACAAUUGUUUAUUUCCCUCAUUUCUUAUUAUGUUACUAUAUAACAAUAAAGUGUUUUCGCGUCGACAAUUGGUCCAUUUACUAAUUUGAUUUUGAAUAAUUUUACCCUCAUUUUUCUAUUUAUUGUAAAAGUCCUCGUUUCGAACCAAAACUGGUGUGUUCGCAGUAAAUGAGGUUGUGAGUCUAUAUUGACUGAGAUGGUUGGGUCAUGUAUUAUGCAAACCCAACCACCGAUUACCAUGACGCGCAGUGCUGACUGGUGUUGGAGACAGAUGGAAGAAAGUUAGGGGUGGCCAAACCAAAACGUGGCAUCAAUCCCUAAAGUCACUAACUUGUGAUCUGAGCCAUAUUGUUAGAUUCAGACUACUUGGUUGAGGUCCACGCGAUUAUCGUAACCAAUGGUUGUAGACCCUGGGUAACAUGGCUCAGAAUCGAUCACAAUGGCGUUGGUAUAUACACUCUUUGUCUUCCCUGAAACUGUGAGAUUGAAACUGCUUUAUACCUUUAUUUCUACGAACUAAUUCUUCCUUCCUGUAUUAUAUCUUUGUACACAAUCUUUCUAUUAUAUAUUGCUACCAUUGGUGUAACUACUUCUAUGAAUUUGGUGUUGAUCUUGUUGUGCUAAUGAGGUGUGGCAGCUUGGACUGAUGCAUAUGUGUGCCUUGUCCUAUGUCGUAGCUGACUGACUGUAUUCUUCAAUUAACUAAUCAAAGUUUUUAGUAUUGUAUAAGGUUUCCCUAUCAGUUUGAAAUGUGUGCAUAAAUCUCGGUGCUUAGUUUGCAUGAUAACCUGUAAGAAUUAUACUGAAUUAGUGUAAAGUGGAUAGAUAGAGCUAUGUGAGAAAUACAAAAUCUGUCUUUAUUAUAAGUGAAUUUUAUGCGUUAGACUAUCAUUUUUUUCCUGUAUGGUUUAAAGUUAAAGCUAAAUAUUAUAAUAAUAGGGGAUAUUAUCAAAUAUAUUCCAUUUAUUUUAAUAUUUAGAUUCAAUUUUCUCUGACCGUUAUGAUGCAGAUAAAAAUAACAGCACUAGUAAUGUCACUUCCACCACUAAUACUACUGCGGUUACUACUACGUCUACUUCUCAUUCUACUACUACUACUACUACAACUACUACUUCUAUCAUUAUUAAUAAUAAUUAUUAUGAAUCAGAUGUUAAACACUAUACAAAUACAUCAUCAACAUUGAAUCAAUCCACCAUAGUUUCAUUAUCACUGACAACAACAAUAACAACAACACCGACACCAAUCAUAAAUCAAGCCGCUUUAAUUGCAGCUGCCUUAGCGAAAGCAUCUGCAGACAAGACAAUGAAUGGUCCUUUCUCACUAAUUGAACGUAAUACUACCAUACCACUUAAUAAUAAUUUAGGAAUGAUGAAUAAUAAAUCACGUAGAAAUUCAUUAACAAUACCAAAUCAUAAUAUACAUUUAUCGUCAUUAGAUGAUCAAAGUAAAUUAAUUAGUCAAAAAACUUCUAGUUCUGAAAAGCACUUCAUUGAACAAGUUAGUUCAAAUAAUGAACAAAGUCCUAAUCGUUUUCAUUCUUCAGAAGAAUUUGAUAAUCUAUUGGAUUCAAAUACGCCUAUAUUAGAUUUUACUUUCUCCGAUGUACAGUAUUGGUGUAGUGUCUUUUAUUAUGAAUUAAAUACUCGUGUUGGUGAUGCAUUUCACGCUGGUCGGCCAACGUUAACAAUUGAUGGUUUUACUGAACCGUGUUAUCGUUCUGAUCGAUUCAGUUUAGGCAGCUUAAGUCAUGUUAAUCGACCUUUGCAAGUUGAGAUGACUAGAAGACAUAUUGGUCGUGGGAUACGACUACAUCAUAUCGGUAGUGAAGUUUACCUUGAAUGUCUAAGUGAUGCUGCGGUUUUUGUUCAAUCACCCAGUUGUAAUCGUUUCUACAGUUGGCAUCCAGCAACUGUUGUCAAAGUCCCACCAAACGUCGUUUAUAUACGGACAUACCGGACUAUAUCAUACCAUAAAGUGGAAAACAAGUUAUAAGUGGCUGUGAAUAGGGGGGUUGUAAGUAAUGGACUGGCAAUAUAUUUGGAAUGGUAAGUCGUAUAACAGUAGUUGAUGGGUUAGCCGAAAGCUUAACAUAAAGGUAAUACAUAUACAUGAUAAUCUAGAUAUUCAGUAACUAUAUAACAAAAUUAUAAUUAUUCGAAAAAACCACUUCGAACUUCUAAAAUACUCGUCCCAUUAUAACGAUAUACGUUAUUUCUUUUUCUUUUCAGAGUGUAAUUUAAAACUUUUUGAUAGUGCAGCAUUUGCUAGUCAAUUAGCUGAUAAUAUGUCACGUAGUUAUGAAUCUGUCUUUUCACUAACUCAUAUGUGUUCAAUACGUGUUAGUUUUGUAAAAGGUUGGGGAGCAGAAUAUAGGUGAGCUAAUUUAGUUUGAACUAAUAUCUGGUGUUUGGCUACAUUUAUAAUUUAUUAUUACUAUGUAUGAAUAAAUGGUUUUAUUGUGGACUACUCAAUC